CAAAAUAUCACGUAUGCAAUUUUUAUUGCUUUUUUGGCUUUUGGUUUUGAAAGCUUUCAAUUAUUAUCACAUACAAAAUCGACAUUUAUUCAAGAAAAAAGGAAACUCGAUUUCACCCCACCGAUAAACCUUCUUCGUAUUAUCGUACUUUAAAGCAAUUAAACAGCCACCAACAACAAAAAAGCAAGCACUUUUUAUUUCUUUCUCAUGAGUCUUGGGGACAUGCAGCCCACGGAGCCCCGUUCGCGAAGACGAGGCCAAGAGCAGCGGCAAUCUGCUCGCCAGUCAAAUUCUCCUCGGCGCAGCAUGCAAAGCAACGGAGCAACAGCAAGCCAAGGCAACGCUCCCAGAGGAGAACACCGAGUACCUAAAUCCAAAGCAUUUACUGUCUCAACCCCUACCACUGGGAAUGAAAUUGGUCUGGCAUCAUCUGGGACCACAGAAGGGAAUUCACUUGAAACACAGCGCUCUUCGGUAGAGGCGGCGUCGAGAGACAUUAGCCGUAUGCUUUUUCUGGCUGGAUCCUCCGCCGCUGUUGCACAGUCGCCUAUCAUUAGAUACACAGCUGAGGAAUUGCUAGCGCUGCGCGAGAGUAGUCUUAUUCGGCUGCCGUUGGACUUUUCUCCGUAUACGCCGUUAAGGCCCGGGUCGCAGGUGAAGCUGCCUGAAAUAACACAGGCCACCAUUGAUGCCAAACUGUCACUGGGAAACCCGUACAUCGGCCUUGAACAUAUUCCUCGGACUCAGAAAGACAUUGUUCUGGCGCCGCAGCGGUCAGCAAACUUGGCGCAUCGCGGGCAGAACGCGUCGCAACGAGUUUUCGGAGUUCCGCGCAAUAACGGUGUCAACAGCAACCAGGUGGUGGCCAUGUUUGAUGGUGGCGUUGUCCCAGAGGGCCGCAACGCCGGCGGCGGUUACGCGUCCAAGGGUUCUAGCACGUCAUCCAUCGGCACUCGCGGCAGUGCGGGGCGGUCUGGCAACAAUGCAGCGGGAGGAGGCCAGUCGACAAAUCGACAACACAACGGCCAUGACAACAGCCGAAGCGGCGUUGUCUCUUGGAGAGCAUCGGGGCCGACACGGACUCCUGGAGGGAGCAUCUCAAUGGCAGCAGCAGCAGCAGCAGCACCCGCAGCAGCAACGCUGUCAAACAACCACGGCCACCUAGGCGAAAUCGCCGAGGGCGGCAAGCCAGAGUGGAUGGACGAUGAUCUUGUUUACGACGAGAACAAGAGCGCGAGACAGAUGCAUGAUAUGGAGGAGUGGAAGCGGCGCAUGAAGGAGGGCGGUGGCACCAAUGGAUCCGCUUUGCAGCUCGGCGGCAACAACCCGAACGCCAUCGAUAUGAGCAGUGGGCUGGCUGCUGAUCAGAUUGAUCAGUCCAGUGCAGGCGGCGAUAAGGGUGCGGUGCGCGGGUCUCGCUUCCUGCGUCUGUUUUCGGCAAAUGAGCAGCAGGCUGACCACGCUGCUGCUGAUUUGUCUGGGUCUACGCUGCCAGUGCCUGGCGGCUUGCUGCAUGACGUGAUGGCGGCAUCGGCAUAUGCCAAUGGUCUGGCGUACCCCAAUGACAGCCUCCAGCAGCCGCAGCAGCAGAGUGGAGACCAGCUGUCCAAACUGUUCAAGGUAUUUGGCAAUAAAGUCAGUCUCGGAGGCAACGCCAACGCCAACGUUCCGGUGCCAGGGCCGGCCGCAGCAGCGUCGGCGAACGGCUGGGCGGCACACGAAUCGCAGAACGCAGCGCUGGCGAUGCACAACGCCCAGGCGCUAAACAGCAUGCACGCAGUAGAGUCCAUGCGGAUGGCCAUGCUCAUGCAGGCGGCGGCCAACGACACCUCGGUGAUGGGCCAGCAUAUUGAAGCGGUCGCCCAGCAAUCGGCAGCGAUCUCGGCGGCGCCAGCACCCCUUGGCUUGGCACCAAUGUCCUCUGCGGCGCAACCCAGAGUCUAUCGCCGCCAGUGGCGGCAGCGACAUCGGUGGCCGGCCAGCGCGUGCGGACAUCCAGCCCAGCACCGAUCAACGAGGCGCUGCGCGGCAUCGUGCCACAUCGGUGUUCCGCAAGAGCGUCCAGGGCGGCGGUCAUUCGGCUGGCUACAAGCGCCCCGAAAGCAUGCCGGCGUCGCGCGCAGCAACCCCAGCGCGCAGUCUGCCGUCGUGGCUCGUGGAGCUGUCGCGUGGUGGCGCUUCGCCCGCGAGCGACCCAGCCAACGGCGCCGCACUGGCGGCCAACGAGUCGUUGCUGGGCGUGCACGACGCGGCAGGGUCGCUGGAGCGCGAAUUCCCGGCGCUGGGCAUCAAGGCGCAGCAGGCGGACAACCGGUCGGUGUCGUCACUGUCAGUGCAGCCGUCUGUCGGUGCGCCCAGCGAGGCUAACUCCGAGGCUGCGCAGAACCCAGAGGUGCAGCCUAUGGCCAUGCACCAGAUGGCGGUCGGCGGUAUUGCGAUGCCUGCGCCUGAGCCAAUGCAGCAGAUGCACCAUGCCAUGCCGCCGCCGCAAGGCAU